AUGAUCAAGGCGUGGACCGUCGCGGCGCAGCCGGGUCCCGCCCGUCGGAACGGCACGCGGCCGACGUUUGUGCUGGCGACGUCCAUGCCGCCGAGGAGCGCAGGGAUCUACGCAUUCUAUCCGUCUCCGGCCCACUACUGGUUGACGAACAUCCAGGGGACGAGUAUUAGCAGCCUCAGGUUCAUCUUCGAGCCCGUCGGAGUCACCGACCCGCGCAAGAUUAAGUCGGGCACGAUGGACCGCCCGGUGACCAACAUCACGAAGCCCAGACUGGACGCGCGCUUCGGCACGUCGAAAGCGAUUGAGAACGACGACUCGGACGACUCGGACGAGGAGCUAUUCUUCAAGUACGAGAAGGACCAGCCGGCCGGCGCGAUCCUCAAGUUCGUCGUCAACAAAUACCUCGAGGCUUACGGCACGGACAAUCGACGCGUCUCGUGA